UUCUGAUGUUGCACGACGGGAAAUGCUUUGAAUACUUGCGACAUGGCUGCGCGCAUUGAUUGCCAAGAUUGACAGCAGCUCUACCCAUCGUCUUCUCUUGUCUGAGUGAGAGUGAGAGAGAGAGAGAGAGAGAGGGAGGGAGAGAGAGAGAGAGAGAGAGAGAGAGAGCGAGAAAGAGGGAGGGAGGUAAAGAACAGAUAGGCGAACAACAAAAGGUGCUUGUAGUUUAGGACAGCUGAACUUCACAGAGAGUAAACGGGAUUCCCUCAUUUGGCCCCGAGUGAGCAGACUUAAGUUUUCGCCCAACAGAUUUCGCUCCGUGGUUCUUUUCUACAAAGUGUAGCCUAGUCUAGUGGUGUUUACGCACGGGGAAAGGACGCGUGAAUAUCUCCACGGCUCAGGUCAUCAAGAUUUUUACAUGAAUUCAAAAGCAGCCGACCAGUGAUCGCUGGAAGCUGUGGAUUAAGACUUUCAGUUUUUAACCCCAACUCGCCGACAUGGAGGGCUUUCUUCGUAGCAGCUUUUUACUGAGCAGAGUGAUGUCUUCAAAGCAAGCCACGUCUCCGUUCGCCUCCGUCGUCGAUGGGGACGACGCCAUGAGUCAGGAGCACUUGUCUUGGGAGAAAGAGGAGAGUGCCGAGGCCCAUGGCACUCCGCAGCUGCCCCUGCACAGCCUGCUCCAUGGGAAAACCCAUCCCGAGGAAAUGCAGCCGCUCAGCAGCGUGCCGCAGGAGAGCGAUUGGGACAGCCUGGUGUCAGCCCAACAGCGCAUGGAAUCUGACAGCAAUAAAGUAUGUUCCCUGUACUCCUUCCGGAACAAUUCCACUUCACCACACAAGCCGGAGGAGGGGGCGCGGGAGCGAAGUGACCUGCUGAGCGGAUCAGCUUUUGGAACUCCGGAGCGCCGCAAAGGAAGCCUGGCAGACGUAGUGGACACGCUGAAGCAGAAGAAACUGGAGGAGAUGACAAAGACAGAGCAAGACGAUUCCACAUGCAUGGAAAAACUUCUUUCCAAAGACUGGAAAGAGAAGAUGGAGAGGCUCAACACAAGUGAACUACUGGCAGAAGUGAAAGGCACUCCGGAGAGCCUGGCAGAAAAGGAACAGCAGCUCUCCACAAUGAUCACCCAGCUGAUCAGCCUGCGAGAGCAGCUCCUGGCUGCCCACGACGAACAGAAGAAGCUCGCCGCCUCACAGAUGGAGAAACAGAGGCAGCAAAUGGAGCUGGCUCGUCAGCAGCAGGAGCAGAUCGCAAGACAGCAGCAGCAGCUUCUGCAGCAGCAGCACAAAAUCAACCUCCUCCAGCAACAGAUCCAGCAGGUCCAGGGUCACAUGCCUCCGCUCAUGAUCCCCAUUUUUCCACACGACCAACGUACUCUGGCAGCAGCAGCCGCCGCCCAGCAAGGAUUUCUCUUCCCUCCGGGAAUGUCUUAUAAGCCAGGUGAUAACUACCCUGUGCAGUUCAUUCCAUCCACGAUGGCAGCUGCAGCAGCGUCAGGACUCAGCCCCCUUCAGCUCCAGCAACUGUAUGCCGCCCAGCUUGCCAGCAUGCAGGUCUCUCCUGGAGCCAAGAUGCCUCCACUCCCCCAGUCCCUCAAUGCCAGUGGGCCCAUUUCUCCCUCUUCUCUGAAGAACGACAAGAGUUCCUCCAGUCCCAUCACUCACGUAAAGGAGGAGGGAACACAGCCGCUCAACCUGUCUGCUCGGCCAAAGACGACGGACCUGGUGAAAUCCCCCGCGUCGCCGACACAAAACCUGUUCCUCGGAAGUAAAAGCAGCCCCAACAGUCUGCUGAGCAAGGGCGGUCUCCCCAGCCCGCUCGGAGGAGGCCUCAGCCGGGGCUCAUCUCUGGAUAUCCUGUCCAGCCUAAACUCGACUGCGUUGUUCGGGGACCAGGACACUGUGAUGAAGGCCAUCCAGGAGGCUCGCAAAAUGAGAGAGCAGAUCCAGAGGGAACAGCUGCAACAUCACCAGCAGGGCUUAGAGGCAAAGCUGUCCGCCCUCAGUUCAGUGGGCCUCAACAACUGCAGAAUUGACAAGGAGAGGGCGCAUUAUGAGAGCAUCGGCCACCACCUUGGCAAGCUGGGUGAGGAGGGGAAGAUCGGCCACAGAGUUAUUGACCUCACCAGGCCAGAGGAUCUUGAUGGAGGUGCCGGAUCCACGGAGGCACGGGUCUUCAGGGAAGCUAGAGGAAGGAACAACAACGAGCCCCACAUUAAAAGGCCAAUGAAUGCAUUCAUGGUGUGGGCCAAGGAUGAGCGGCGUAAGAUACUCCAGGCCUUCCCUGACAUGCACAACUCCAACAUAAGCAAGAUUUUGGGCUCCCGGUGGAAGUCUAUGACCAACCAGGACAAGCAGCCAUACUAUGAGGAGCAGGCCCGUCUGAGCAAGCAACACCUGGAGAAGUACCCAAACUACAAGUACAAGCCGCGGCCAAAGAGGACCUGCAUUAUCGACGGAAAAAAACUUCGCAUCGGAGAGUACAAGCAGAUGAUGCGCUCACGGCGACAAGAGAUGAGGCAGUUCUUCACUGUGGGACAGCCACCCCAGAUUCCUAUCACCACCAGCACUAGUAUGGUCUAUCCCGGGGCCAUCACCAUGGCUACCACCACACCCUCACCUCAGAUGACAUCAGAGUGCUCGAGUGCCUCGGCGAGUCCCGAGCCAUCCAUUCCUGUCAUCCAGAGCACCUACAACAUGAAGCUAGAGCCCAACACCAUGGCAAACAACAGUGUGCCGGUCAACGGGGUGGAUGAGAUGGACAUGUACGAGGAUUUUGAGGAUGAGCCCAAAUCAGACUAUAGUAGUGAAAAUGACACACACGAGCCGGUCAGCGCCAACUGAGAUGUCUUUGGGGGAAGAGGCCAGUGCCAAUGCAGACACAACACUCGUACAGGAGGAUGCCCAGAAGGCUGGCCUGAUCUGAGGGAGUGAAAGAGCAAAAUAAAACAUCACCACAGAGGUUUAAAAAUGUAAAAUAAGUAAUUAACCAUGUAUUAUUUAGGAGCCAGCAUGCAGGUGUGGCUUCAUCAGAAUCAAAAGCUAUUUGGUCUUAAGUGUUUCUUCAAGUGUGUGAAGCAGUUUGGUUGUUGUUAUUUAGAUUCUUUUUUUUCUUCCUUUUUUCAUUGUUUCUUUUUUCAUUGAGAUCACAGACAUUUACACAAUCGGGUUGUAGAACGAAAGACAGAACUUUAAAUUUAACAUUUGAUAUGGAUCUAUAAUUCUUGUUUUCUUCUUUAAUUAGAUAAUUUCAAUCGAAAUCGCAUAACUGUUCAAGAUGGGGAUAAUAUUCUCACUCAGGUAUAGUGUGCCAGCCAACAGCUUGUGAAUGUUUAUAAUCAAUCAUGAAUUAUUAGUAUUAUCAGUUCAAAAUGUCUCAAAUGAUAUAGACUGAUUCCAAUUUAUUACAGACGGGAGAUUACACAUUAUUAUUAUUAUUAGUGCUAUUUCUAUUACACAAGCUGUAUAAUUUAGUGCAGAAGUGCCAAACAUUUCAAGUUGUUUCUAAAAAUCUGUAAGAUCUUUUGGGAGAGGCUUCUUGAGUCUCGGACAAUCUCUUGAUCCCUUAAUACAGCUUCAUUAUCCAGACUUUCUUCAAUUUACCAGAAUAAACACAUGAAACUCAGGAACCUGGAGGCAGUAGGCUCUGCAGGAGGUUACAGUAUAUAACAUGUUUGGGUGGUAGCUUGUGAUGCUAGCUGUUCUCCAUGGAGCCCUAAUGCAGUGAUCAUCAAUGAGCGCAGCCAGUCCUUCCAUUUCCUCAUCCCAGUCCAGACAGAGCACUGCGGCAUCCCGAUCCCAUUUACAGCACUGCAUACCAGUCUGAAUCACCACAUUCUUAAUCAGAGUGAUUGUAAUCAGGCCAGAAUGCAAAAAGGCCAAAGGCCUCCAAUCUGUGGGAUUGGAACAGCAUCGAAAGGCAGCUUUGGGGGCAUUACAAUCUCAAAUUGAUGUUGUACAAUGUUUAGCUACAGUACGUUCUGUUAAAGGCUUUAGCCCCAUUUGGAUGACAAGUUUAAAGUCUUACGUCUUAGAACUUCAUUUUUUCCAAUCUUAAUUCUUCAUGGACAUUGUAAAUCUUAAAUUGACACUAAGAAGUCUUAAAGCGGAGCACGGUCAUCGGGUUGAUGCAAUGAGUUGAUUACUGCUGUAGUCUUAAGAGGAGUGACAGUUUAUGAGGUUAUUUAUAAACUGAGAGAAAGGCAAGAAUCACGUUUGUUUCUUAAAUUUCCUUGUCAUAUACUCAUGACAAAACACAGAUUCUUGCAUUAGUGCACUUACGCAGAUCUUAAUCUGUCUCCCUUGAGCCUUAUGUUGUUGUUUUAAAUUAAUUAUAUACGCUUUUGAUAUGCAGUUAACCCCUUGCAUUUAAACCAGGUAAACACCUCGAACAAGGGGUGAGAAGUCUGCCCUUAUUUCAGCAAAAAAAGCUGGCAAUUGGUGACCUUCCGGAGAGUGUAGCUUGAUAGAGCAAAGGCCUUGAUGUUGAGACUGAGAUCCUCUUUGCAGGGCAGAAGGUCUAAGUGGCUUCCUUCCCCGCCAUGCCUUGCUCUGACCCCUGCCCGUGGCAACCUCAGCUCCCACGGGUCGCCAUCUGGCUCAGAGUAGGGGAAAACACCAGGGAGGGAUGGGAAACAAUCAAAACGGGGUUUGUGUCCCUCAUUGUGCUCUCCAUCAAAGUGCUAGUAGUAAGGCCUCAACAGGGCUCCCACCCCGGCCCAAUCACCAGGCACUGGCGAGCAGAUGGAACAAGUACAUCAAGCUGUGGGGGAUUAUUAAAAUGACUGACGACUGGGUAUCAUCUGAAAUACAGCAUUAUUAAUGCAUGACUCCUGCUAUUCCCUUCCCUUGCCCUUGAACCUGUCCGUUUCAGACAGGACUCUGAGCUUUUGGAAGCAUCUGAAUGGCUGGUCACUGGCUUUAACUGCUCAAGAUCCCCACUGCUGGUCACUGCAUUUUUCUCCUAGGUCUAAUUGGUACAGAUGGCUCGAUAUAUAUCUCCCACGCACUCAAAUCUUCUGUGCUCUUAUUGUCAACAUCAGUGCUAGCUUGCUCUACUUUUGGUUAUUAUAGUUUUUUUGUAGUGGUUUUUUUUUUUAACCAACCAUUCAUAAUUCCUGUUUUAUUUUCUUCUCCAUCACAUCUUUUCUACAUUAUUCUGAUUUUGAGGUACAAAACAUUCUGGAUUCUCUCCUGCAACAAACCCAAGUGGAUUUCCCUCCAAGUCAAACGGUUUGGUAUUUCCAAGCCGUUUGCUCCUGUUUGCUGGUGGUUGGAUUGAUUUGUAUGUGAUUGUAAAUAUUGUCAUGACCAUGCCACACAUGCUGGGCUGGUAGCUACAGAGGACUCUUCGUGGAACUGAAACUUGACUGUGCUUGUAUAGCAACAACAACAACAACAACAAAAAAGAUACAAAAAUGACAAGAACUCACAAGGGGACAAUGUUUCUUAAGUGUUAUAAGCACUGGAUAUAAAUUGUAUUUUUAUCAAUUCUGAUUAAUGUGAAGCUGUUCAAGGAAAAAAAAACACCAUGAUUGAACAAAAAUCUCCAGUUGGACUCAAGUGGGUUUGCUCUCACAGUUGCCAGAUUUGAGUCAUUUUUUUUCUGUCUACUUAUUUUGUUUAUUUAUGCAACGACUCGUGUGAUGAAUGAACACUUUGUUUAAGCUUCAGGGCUGCCUAUGGGGGGAGAGACUCAGCACAAGAAAGGGAGCAGAGAAUUCAACAGCAGGCUUGAUUGGCCGUCAAACACCAGACUUCAGUGUAUUGUAUAUUGUAUUUUAAAUUGUAGAGUAUCAACAUAUUGUAUUUAUUAUUAGCCAGUGCUGGCUCUAAAAUUGUCAGUAAAACAACAACACAGACAAUCGGAGAAAUAGAAAAAAAAACAUGUUUGAUGAAUUUGAGCUUACAAUGGUUUUCAGUGAAUUCACCAUCUCACUUAGAUUUUAUUGUAAAUAUAACAUAGGAAAUAUAUUUUUGUCCAUUAGUGAAGUAUAAGUUAUGUAUUUGAUUCUUCUAUUUUAUUUUCAGUUUUAUUUUUGUACGUGGUUUCAUGUUUUUAAAACCUGACAAGUCACCGUACCUCAUGUAGAUGCUGAUUUCUGCCCGUUGGAAGAGAGCAGUAUUUGACCUGUGACAGUGAAGCACCUCACUUUCCAAUGUUAUCUUCCCUGGACUAUUAAAAAUACCAAUCAAAUCAAAAAUCUACUCAUCCUACUAAUUUAAAUACAGGGGUCCUUACAAGUAAGGAAUUCCUUUAUUAAAUGUAAAAUGAUAUCACAAUCAUUUCUUUCCAAUUAUGGUACAAACCAUGUGGUAUGCUGUAUGGCAUUAUGUAUUUUGGUUAUAACAGCACUCACAAUUUGUGACAAUUAUCUUACGAAGAGCUGAUACCUAAAAUCUGCAUGCAUCUGACUUGCAUUUAAAUUACCGAAAUAAACAAUAGAGUUUUUUCAUGAAUGAUUGUUUGAAACUAAUGUUUUUCUUCUUCUUUUUUUUUAAAGGGGGGGUCGUGCAAAUAUUUAUUUGUUUUAAUGUUCCAAAAUGCACCAAUAUGCUGAAUUCUUCAUUCUUAAUUCCCUCCUUGUCAUUUUUUGUAAAUGCUGAUUUUUAAUGAACAUGGUUACGACUAUCCGGCCAUCUUCAAAGUGUAGCCCUCCUCAUUGUUUUCUCUCAAUCCACUUACGGUGGUUUGAUCAAACAACUGAAGACAAAAGCUUGUAUGAUGUUUCAACAUUAUUUACUGUAAUUUAAUUUUCAUUUUUUUCUGUCUGAACUUUGUGAUGUAUAUGAUGGGAAUGUUCUUUGUGUUAAUUUAAUCAGCACAAUUCACUGACAUGCUGGACUGACAUGCUAGCUGCUGUUCAGAAGUGUAAACUUUGUUCUUCAGGGCAACAUUUGUAGUUGUCUUUGGUACUUUGCUUUCUAGAAUUGUCUCUUUAAACAACACUGUGUGUGGCUCUUCUAAUACUGGAGCCGUUGUUUUGAAAUUUGCUGGCAGCCUCAUUCAAGUUUCUGCAUAGAUUUUCUUUUUCCCCUGGCAGGUACCUAGGCCCAUGGCAAGUAUUGUUUGGCUGUAGAGAAAAUGAAAUAGUGUCUGUUGCUGCUUUAAAAAAAAAGUUUAUGUCUGAAUAUGUAAAUAUUUUAUCAUAAUAUCUUGUACAGUCCAAUGUAAAGUUUUUAAUUCAACUUAAAAAAAAUGUUUGCCAUCACAUUUGUGUUCACAUUCUUCUUUAUACAGUACAAAAGAUUAAUUAUUUGCUAAGGGUAUUGGUUAAAAAAAAUUUAAAAAAAGAAAAUGUUAUAAUUUUUUUUAAAUGUUUGUUUUGCUUGGCUUCAGUGUACACCAGCAAGUCUUUGGUUUCCAUGUGCAGUAUUGACGUGAGGUGAAUAUAAGGUGAAUCAUUUUACAGUGAUGUGUGCGGAGAGCUGUCUUCUCUGCUUUGGUAGUAUUAAUACACUAUAUUGAGUAAAAACAAACCAAUGAGAGACACAUUCAGGUGCAUCUAGGCACCAUGGAAAUGUGUAUACUGUAUAUGAUUAAAUUAUCCCCACAGGAUCAAUUCAGGCAUUAUAAUGUAACACCAUUUUCUGUAUGUCUCAGUCCAUUGUAAAAAUGCAACAGUGGAUGACUAACUGCCUGUUCAAACUCAUUUACCUCAAGAAUUCCCUCCUUUUCUGUAAAUGAAACAGAAAUUGUGUUACAGAAAACUUCCCCCAUCACUCCAUCUUUUGUACUGCUGUUGACACUUAAAAAUUAAAGAGACAUUUUGUUUUA